AGUGGCUGCCUCUUUUCAUUGUAAUUUGUACUAUUCGUAUUCAUAGCUCCCACCCUUGAUUUGCGGCAAACCCCCCAGUCGCUUUGAUUACGUCAUCACACUAUAUACAGUAUACCCUGUACAAUAUACAUUAUACAUCUGUAAAUUCCAGAUACUGCUACAAUUAUCUCUCUCUGGGCCAUUGCCAGGAGAACAAUAGACUGUCAAGUCAGCCGACCUUUUGAUCUAUAAUUAUUGGCGCCGUACUUCUGUAGAAUCUGUAUUGUACUGCGUUUCUAUUGUGCUGUGUUUGAUUGCAAGAUUGUGCAGAAGUAGGGAACUCUCUAGAAUCUCUACCAUCAAGGCAAUGCAUGGAUUUAGAACGGGUUUUAAUUCAUCAUGACCAGCUAGAAGUUGAAAUUAGGGACGCCGACUACAACCCAGUAACAGAUGACGAGAAGAAUCGAACAGAAGAGGUAGAUAAAAUCCCAAGUGAUGGUCGUGAACAGUGGGGAAGUAACCUUGAGUUUAUACUCUCAACGAUAGGGUCCGUGGUGGGGCUCGGUAACUUGUGGAGAUUUCCCAUCAAAGUUAAACAGUAUGGAGGAGCGGUGUUCCUGAUACCAUACUUCACGAUGUUGGUGAUAGAGGGAGUUCCACUCUUCCUGGUGGAACUCUGGAUAGGACAGAAGUUCCGAUCAGGUUGCAUUGGAGGCUUCUACAAAAUCCACAAAGCUCUAAGUGGAAUUGGUUUCGCGACUUGGAUGAUAGGGUUCUACACGAAUCUGUACUACAAUGCAAUCAUUAUGUACACUAUUUAUUACUUCUUCGCUUCCUUUCAAAAGACACUCCCCUGGGCUGCAGAUUGUCCUAUCGGCGACGAUUACCCUGCGAAUUGCUGUACUAACAACACUAAAUCUUCUUAUUAUUGGUACUACGAAGUGCUGCACAUAAGUCCUGAUAUCUCAACAGCAGGCUCCUUUAACUGGGACAUCACCCUCUGUCUUCUACUCGCCUGGGUUACUUGCUUCCUCUGCAUGGUUAAAGGUAUCAAGACCUCUGGUAAGGUCGUGUACGUGACUGCCGUAUUCCCUUUUAUUGCCCUAGUUGGUCUUUUCAUUAUGGGCAUGACUCUGGAGGGUGCUAUGGAGGGUGUCAAAUACUUCUUCGAUCCUACUUAUAGAUUUGCUGCUGACGCCGAGAUGGACGCCAAAAACAACGUUACAAUUUUAAGCAGCUGGAGACAUUUGUACAAUCCGUACUGCUGGCUUGAGGCUGCUGCUCAGAUCUUCUACAGUCUGUCAUUAGGAUUUGGAUCAUGUAUAGCUUUCUCUUCGUACAAUCCGCCCAAAACUAACUUCUACAAACACGCUCUGUGUAUCUCGGUGGUGAACAGUGUUACCUCAAUCUUCGCUGGUGUUACCAUAUUUGCUAUCGUUGGUAGCAACGCCUACAAGAAUAAUAUUUCUAUCGAUCAACUGGCUACAGGACCCGGACUGGCUUUCAUUGCAGUGUCGGAAGCUAUUGCAACAACUCCCGCCGCGCAACUCUGGAGUGCUCUGUUCUUCGUGAUGUUGUUCAUGUUGGGUAUUGACUCACAGUUUGCUGGUAUUGAGGGUAUGAUGACUGCACUUGAUGACACAACACUCAUACCAAAAGCAAUUCCUCGCCCCGUCGUUAUGGGUCUUUUCUGCUCUUUCUCUUUCCUCCUGGGCCUCCCCUUUGGGAUGCAGAACGGCCAGUACCUCGUGGACCUCUUCGACAACUUCUCUGCCAACUUCCCCCUCAUGAUGGUGGCCUUCUUUGAGGUCAUCGCUGUUUCUUGGGUUUACGGGAUCGACAGAUUCUGUGAAGAUUUCGAGGAGAUGACCGGAUACUACCCCAACAUAGUGUGGAGGAUCAUGUGGGUUGUGGUGACCCCCCUCAGUCUGGCUUUCGUCCUCAUCUACUCUCUUGUGGAUCAGCUUCAAACUCCUCUUCUGUACGGCAAAUUCGUUGGCUGUAAUGCCGAUGGCGAUAGUUGGACUGAAGAUGUGAAUUACCCUCCAUGGGCUUGGGGCCUUGCUGGAAUCCUCGUCUUCUCAUCCUUCCUCUUCAUCCCCGUCAUGGCUGCCAUUGCAUUCCUCCCGAAAGUACUUGGUCCUAAGUGGGAGAUUACUCUACCGCUGGUGGCUGCCGUUGAGGACGCGAAGAAGAAGAACGGAGCCAUGGCGAUGACUGGAAACUAUCCAAAUAGUGCCGCAUGAUCAAUUUGAAUUAGGUUCAUUGUUAUGCUAGGAAAUUUACUUUACGAUGGAUUUAAUUGAAAUCAUCUGCAGCAGGCAGGUUUAUGCUGAAAACAGGGCAGUAAGAUUUCGAUAUCAUUUUAAAAGCUGGUCAAUGUUGUUGGUUUCCUUCUUUCGGCAAAGUGAAAUUAGCUUUCCGUUGGGAAAAGUUUAGUCAUUGAAAAAUGAGCAUUACAUAGCCAAAAGAGGGAAUGCAACAUUUAUUGAUCACCAUUGACUAUUAGGUUGUAUCUGUGAAUUGUGUAUUAUCACCCCUUAGAUAGGUCAAAUAGGUUAACAUUAAUGUAAUUAAUUAUUAUCAUAAUUUACUCAUAUAUCAUAGUGUAUUGUUUAGAAAGAGAUUUUCCUUUAUUGACGAAAUGUAGAAUGAAAUAAUAUCUUAAUAAUUUAUAAGAACUGGUUUAAAUUUAUCAACUUUUUAAAAUAUUUUACGGUUUUCCGAAGAGAUGUGCAAAGCGCAAUUUCUAAAAUAAAAGUUUACAUUGUCAGUUUAAAGUUAGGACAAGCCAAUUUAUAUGAUCGGCCUUAAGAAUGUACUAAAUGUAAAUUUGUGUGAAAAAGUCCAUCAUAGCCGCAAUGACAGUUUUUUAGAUAAUGCCAUAUAAGUGAUGUUACCAUUUGUCAUCGCAAACUUGAAUUUCAAAUUCACGGCUUUUCUGAAUGUAGUUGGUUAUUGUGUUUGAUAGUUUCUAAAUAUUUAUCAAA